AUCAACACAUAUAUAGGUCAUGUGCUAAAACAAUUGCAGAAUCAGCUAAUGUGCUGAUGUUAAUGGAGAGCUCAUUUGAAUGACAAUGAUUCCCCUGGCAAUGCAGUUCAUCAGCCUUUAUUUAAAAGUGGACCGCCGGUGAUGCAGUGUGUAUGAGGGGCUUUAAUCUGAUUGGGUGAGGAGGAACACGAGGCGAUUAUGGAGCGCACAGGGAAGAUCUUUUUUUACGAGGACAAGAACUUCCAGGGUCGUUACUACGAAUGCAGUAGCGACUGUCCCGAGCUAAGUUCCCACUUCAGCCGCUGUAACUCUAUUCGGGUGGAGAGUGGAGCCUGGGUCAUCUAUGAGAGACCCCAGUAUAUGGGCUACCAGUACAUCCUCUGUAAAGGGGAGUACCCCAACUAUCAGAGUUGGAACGGCUUCAAUGACACCAUUCGCUCCUGUCGCUUCAUUAGAUAUCCAUCCACCAGGCACAGGAUCCGCAUUUACGAACGUCCAGACUUCAGUGGCCAGAUGAUAGAGUUUAGCGAAGACAUGCCCAACCUGCAGGACCGCUGGCGCUACCGCGACAUCCACUCGGCCCACGUCCAGGACGGCACCUGGGUCUUCUAUGAGCAUCCGAGCUACAGGGGGCGCCAGUACCUGCUGGAAAAGGGCGAAUACAGACGACACUCGGAGUGGGGAGCUCUUCAUCCAUCUGUAGGCUCCAUUAGACGCGUCGUGGACUUCUAGAUCAAAAGCUCACUUCCCUUUUCUCGCUUUCCUCCCGUCGCUCAUUCAACUGAGCAAAUAAACCCGCAGGCAUAGACAAAUAAUGAACUGCUGUGAUUUUAUUUCUUGUUGUUUUAAACCAACCAAAAAAAAAAAAGCAUGAAAACAGGAUAAGUUCUACUUUGCGGUGCCCGGCGGGAGGUUUUUAAUUAGCGUGCCAACAGCUGGCGGCUCGUGGUAAAGCCUAGAAAUAAAACUGCUGAAAAAAGCCUGCUGGUAAUUCAGGAGGGUUCACCAACAAGGACUAGUGGUAUGCCAGCAGCCAGCUAUUGUUUAUUUGUGCCACAGAUGGCAGAAAUGAUACAGCAGAGCAACAAUAUCCACUGCCCAGCAGGUGCCCAGACAACAACAGCAAAAUAUUGUCACGAUGUCAGACAGCUACAGUUGUUCACUGAUACACAGUACUGUAGAUAUGAUGCAGGACUCUGAUUUUACGAUUUAUUUAACUUCAUCAACAUCUGCCUGACCUGGGCUCAAAAUAGUGCCUUCACGUUUGAUACAGUGCUCUAAUGUAACACUGGUAAUGGUUUACAUUAAUGGCUCUAAUAAUAGUGAAUGAUUUACUUAUCCUUUAUAGUUCAAUUAUUACCUUUUAAUAAUAAUUAAACGAUACCUUUAGGGUUGCCAGGUAGGGAUAAGCUUUGGACAGUUUGUCCCUCUCCAACCUGUAUUUUUCAUUCUUUUUCACAUUGUGUUUUCAGCCUUUUAUGGACUUUAUGACCUUUGACAUUCUGGAAAAAUGAGCUUGUGUCUAAAUCCAUUCUUUAACAUCAGCAUAUGUACAUGAUGACGAUUAAAACUUUUUUAAAAUAAAAAAUAAACAAACAAACACAAGAAACAAAGCUAAAUUGGGUUAACAACUAAUUAUAAUACCAACUAAUUAGGUUAAUUGACAACAACUCAGGAACAUGAUUGGGUAUACAUGGCCUCAGGAACACUUCUUUAUCACUGUCUUUGAGCACAGUUCACUGUGGCAUCCACAAAUGCAGGUUGAGGUUGUAUCAUGCAAAAAAGAAGCCAUAAAACAUGAUCCAGAAACACUGCCAUCUUCUCUGAACCAAAGCUUGUUUAAAAUGGACUAAAGGAAAGUGGAAAACUGUUCUGUGGUCAGAUGAAUCAACAUUUGAAAUUCUUUUUGGAAAAUACUCCGGACCAAAGACUAAAGGAACCAUUUGCCUUGUUAUCAGUGCUCAGUUCAGAAGUUUGCA